UUAUCAAAUUUAUCAUUUGAGACUUGAAUUGCUUUUCUUUAAUAAGUUUCCAUUAUAGUUAUUCAGUAUUUCAGUAUUCUUUUUUAUGGUACCUACUUAUGUCACAGGAAUUUUCUGCUUAAUGCUUAUGUUUUUAAUUUUUAUCCCGAACAAUCAAAACACAACUGCCAGUAGUUUCACUAGUUCAUACCGUGGAUCAUACACAAAAUCAACACAGUCAAAGAUGAAAUAAAUUGUAACGCUUAUUAAUAAAUAAACUAUAAAAACCACGAACUAAGAUAUUAGUAAAAAUGAAUCCAUUAACAAAUAUGAGAAAUGUAAAAAAACUCAGUGAACAAGAAUUGCAACGAUUGCCUAAAAGUUCUUGGCAUGAUGAGUAUAAAUCAAGUGCAUGGAUAUUUGUUGGAGGAUUACCUUAUGAUCUUUCUGAAGGCGAUAUUAUGUCUAUAUUUUCUCAGUAUGGAGAAAUCACUAAUCUAAAUUUGGUACGGGAUAAAGACACUGGCAAACAGAAAGGAUUUUGUUUCGUUUGCUAUGAAGACCAAAGAAGUACAAUAUUAGCGGUAGAUAACUUCAAUGGUACACGUGUACUAGGUCGAAUAUUACGUGUUGAUCAUGUUAAAGAUUACAAACCUCCAAAAAACUCAGAACCUACUAGUAAAAUUAAAACUGAAAAAUUAGAAGAUGAUUUCCAGGUUAAAACAGAAAAUAAUGAGGAAAUAUUUUUGCCACAAUUUCAAAGAACAAUUAGCACUCCAGAAAUCAAACGAGAAGUCUGCACUCCUGAAAUAAAACGAGAAGUUUGUACUCCAGAAAUAAUUGAAAGUCCUGAGUAUGAAAGUAAUAAAAAAAUAAAAAAAUCUAAAGAUAAGAAAAGGCACCAUAGUGAUCAAAGAGAAAGGUCAAGAGAAAAACAUAGAAAAAAACAUAACAAAAGCGAACAAGAUAUAUCUAGUAAGAGAGAGAAAAGUAAUAAACGAUCUAUGCACAGUCAAAGUCAAGAGAAGGAUGUUGAUAAAGAUUCUAAAACUAAAUCAUCUAAAGAGCACAGAAGAAGAGAUAAAUCAAGUGAAAGAGAUAGAAAGAAGUUAAAAGUCAAUAGAAAAGAAUAUAAUGACAAGGAUUAUGAUGACAAGAAUAAAAGAAAAAAUUAUCAAAACGAUGACAAGAAUUAUAAAAAAACAAAAAAAGUAUAAAAAUUCUAUGUAAAUAUAAUAUACGUUUAUAUCAAAACUAAUAAUCUUUUAAUUUAACAACCAUGUAUCUAUUUAUUCUUUA